CGAGAUAUAAAACUCGUUUCGAACAGAGAAAAUUCAAAGCGACCAUCACUACCACCAUUCUCCUCAGUUUCCGACCAAUUUUUAGAGAGAGAAAAUGUCGUCCGAAUCAAACACCACCACGACGAAGCAGCAAAACCCUAAAAAAGCUAAUUUGUUGGAUCAUAAUUCCCUCAAACAUAUCCUUGACGAAUCUGCUAGUGAGGUUGUUAAGAGUCGCGGAUAUGUGGAAAAUGUGAGGAUGAGCAAUGUUCGGCUGUUGAUGGGAACUUUUAUCAUAACCAUUGCCCUGGUGGCACAAUUUUACCCUAAGAAGUUCCCGGAGAACAAGGAUUUUUUGAUCGGCUGCAUCAUAUUAUAUAUUGUCUUCAAUGGUUUGCUGCAGCUGAUCAUCUACAGAAAGGAAAAGAACGCUAUAAUGUUCACCUAUCCUCCAUCGGGAUCUUACAAUGCUACAGGCCUUGUGGUAUCUUCAAAGUUGCCAAGGUUCUCUGAUAUGUACACUCUAACAAUCGAAAGUGCUGAUCCAAAAUCAAUCUCCGCUAACAAACCUGUUGAGUUGACUAAGAGUGUUACCAAAUGGUUCACUAAGGAUGGAGUUUUGGUGGAAGGUCUUUUCUGGAAAGAUGUUGAGGGGCUAGUAGAUGAAUAUAACAAGGAACCAAAGAAGAACAAGUGAAUACUACCAGUGUAGUAGCCCUAGAUUUAAGCAGCUUUCAAUUAAAGGCUUUAUGAUAAUUAUUAGCUUAAUUAUUUUGACAAAGUAAGGUUAUGGUUAAAAAUUGUUUGUGAUUUCAAAGUGUUUAAGAUAUUUAUAUCAAAGGUCUGAUUUUUGAGUUGUUGUAUGAA